UGUCUGAACAAUGAGGUAAUGGGGGUAAACAGUAAAGAUGGCGUCGUCUGUGGCCGGAGAGGGGCAGCUAAGUCUGAAUGGGAUUAUUUGUGACCCUCAAGCUAAAAAAUUGACCGACCUGCCGACCGAGUUGCUUGAACACAUCCUGUGCUUCCCUGUCCUCAACCAUGUCGACAUUUGUAACGUUUCCUGCUGCUGCAAGCGGCUGCACGACGUUUGCCAUGGAAGUGGAAAGGUUUGGGAACACCAAUACAAACUCAGAUGGCCAAGGCUGCAGAGGUUUUACCGUCAGAAUGAGUGCUAUGACUGGCUCAGAGAGUACAGAACACGCCACAGAGUUGGUAUACAAAUACGAAGGACAGUGGAAUCAAUCUCAAAGAGAUUCUUCACAGAAGUCAGAUCUGUAACUCAGCCGUGCAUUGGCCAGGUGCUGGGGGACAGCUUUGCAGAGAUUGAGUCACUUGGGAUGCCAGAGCACUUCUGUGAAGACGAGCUCCUCUUCAUACUCAACUCUGACAAGAGGAAAAGUCUGACCUUGAAGUACUAUGCAAAGAAAAUCCUUUACUUCCUGAGACAGCAGAACAUCUUAAAGAGUUUGAAAACCUUCCUGGAGCAGCCUACAGAGCAGCAGUCUGCUUUAGAGGGUGCUGUACUGGUGGAUCAGUAUUGUAACCCGCUGACUGAUGUAACACUGAACAGCAUAACAACCCAGCUGGAUGAGAUUGUAGAGAAAGUGAAGAAGAUGCUGACAAUAAAGAACCCCUCACACCCCAGCCUGCGCAUUGCUCAAGGUAGCUGUUUUGUUGUGGAGGACUUUGAGCUCCAGAGGCAGGUGGUGUAUGCCCUAAACUCUGUCUUGUAUGAGCAGCUUCAAUACAAAGGAAAUGAGUUUGACUACUACAACCCUCUUAACUCUUACAUCCACCAGGUGCUACUACGGCGUACAGGCAUUCCCAUAAGCCUCUCUGUCCUCUACAUGACAUUAGCCAAGAAACUGGGUGUUCAGCUGGAACCUGUCAACUUUCCCAAUCACUUCCUGCUGCGCUGGUGCCAAAAACCGAGGGGGAGUGAGGACAUCUAUGACUUUGUCUACAUAGAUGCCUUUGGUAAAGGCAAGCAGCUAACCGCCAAGGAGUGCGAGUACCUCAUCGGCCACCAGGUGACGGCAGAUUUCUACAGUGCCAUCAGCACCACGGAGGUGCUGCUCAGGAUGGUGGGAAAUCUCCUCAACAUCGGCAAAAGAGGGGAGGGCAAUGAGAAAUCCUACCAGCUGCUGAGAGACUCUCUGGAUCUCUACCUCACUAUCAACCCAGAUAAUGUGCAGUAUUUGCUGCUGCAGGCACGCCUCUACUUCCACUUGGGCAUCUGGCCAGAAAAGGUGCUUGACAUCCUUCAGCACAUUCAGGCGUUGGACCCCUCCCAGCACGGGGCAGUGGGUUAUCUGGUUCAGCACACACUGGAGCACAUCCAGCACAAAAAACAUCCUGUUUCACCUGAGGUGAAGAAGCGCAGCGCUCCAGAACACCUGGAGGUCCAGUAUUCAGCCGGCCUCAUCAUGAAACACAAGAGGUCAGGUUAUAACUGUGUGAUCUACGGCUGGGACCCCAAGUGCACCAUGAGCCAAGAGUGGAUCACCACCAUGAGGGUCCACCAGCUGUCCAAUGGGGCCAACCAGCCUUUCUACAACGUCCUCGUACAGGAUGGAACGUGUCGCUACGCAGCACAGGAAAACCUGGAGCCCCACUCCGCCCCGCUGGAGAUCGGCCACCCGGAGGUGGGACGCUACUUCUCAGAGUUUGCAGACACCCACUAUGUUGCCAACGAAGAACUGCAGACACGAUACCCGGAGGACAUGAAUGAAACUUUGGGCACAGUGCAGGAGCUGUACCACAGACUGACACCUGCCUCUGGGAGCCAAGACCAGGCUUGUGCCACGGACCAAAACAACCACCAAGCCACACCCAUGUAGCAAAGCAGCUGUGUCCGACACCCUGCCGCCCCUGGCUAAACAAUGGCUGGUCACCCAUUCUUAAUUCACAGUCCACUUAGCUGCUGCUUUGUUGAACAUACUCAAAUCCAUGACACGCGUAACAGAGAGGUUUUUGCGCUAACCAGAAUAUAGUAUUUACAGAAACGAAUGAUUAGGUGUUAACAAGAAGUGUUUUACAAAUGUGGUUUUGUAUGACAGUCCGGUCCCUGUGCAGGUAUUUAAAAAUGUAUUUUAACAUUUCCAUGCCUUGAAAAGUGCAAGCGAAAGACCAAAAAGUCUGGAAACAUCCAGCAAUGAUCUGUUGAUACACAUAUCUAAACUCCACAGUGCAUUUGUUAUGAAACAAAGCUGAGACUGUGGAGCGAUUUGUCACAUGUGACAGUCAUUAUAUAGGAUGCGAUGCAGAGUCUUCAAAUCUACUCACUGAACUGUAUUUGAAAAGAGCAUGGAAACCCAGAAAUGACGCUUACAUAGACACCUUGAAGGAAAAACAAAGAAUCUAGACUUGAAGGACACAGUGAAGUGGAUGAGUGAGUUCAGGAUGGGUGUCCAGGUGCUGUAAAUCUCCCCUAACCUAAAACCAAGGAAUGCUCCUUUACCCAGAGCUGCCCCAGCGCCCCACCACCCCCCCAAAAAAAGCUGACCACACGUCCCUGCACCCAGCAGUCAAACAAGCCGCCAGCAUAUAGUCCAACUCCCCAGUCACGGUGCCACAUAAAAGACUAUAAAGAAAAGACUUUUGUAAAUUGACUUUUAAGCCCCCUCUUUUAAUCAAGUUUCAUGCUCUAUAAAGUUCGACUUUCACAUUUCUAGAUUACCGUAUUUUUUUUUCCUGUAUACUUACAAGUAACAUGUAGGAUGUCAUGGCUCAUCAGUGUUACUGAGCUGUUCAUGGAAAAAACAAAAGAAUAACCGGUAAUGACACCACUGACUUGAAACAGAAAUGACUCUGAACUUUGAGGAAGUUCCAAAAUAAAAAUAAAGAGUUUCAAGUUUU